AUGACGACCCAGUAUGAUAGGAUCUACCAUGGAAUGUCCCCGGAAACUGGCAAAUUCCGGAUGGCACCUAGUGGGAUGGCGUGGAAGGGUAUUGAGACGGAGGCUGUGACUGCUAUUCCCAAUACCGACGUUAAGUGGGCGCAGUGGCUCCGCGUCGCUCGCGGCUUCCGCCUGCGCGUGGGCAUGAAAGACCACAAGAGAGACAACUUUGACGGUUUUGCGAGGGAGGACCAUGACAAGCUUGCAAAGACGCUGCAAACCCAUUUCGGAGUGACGCUCGAGACGGUCGAGACGUCCUUCAAAGGGUGGAACUGGGGCGUCGCCGACUUCCAUGGCGAAGAGCUCGCAUUUAUGGUCUCUGACCGAACCGCAUUCGAGCUUCCCCUCCGCCACGUUGCCAACUCCAAUAUCGCCGGAAAAACCGAAGUUUCUCUUGAAUUUUCCAACCUGACUCCUUCCGCCUCGUCCUCUAACCCCAAAUCCGCGGCUUUGCUCAAACAAGCUGGUGAUGAGCUGACUGAAAUCCGCUUCUUCGUCCCUGGUACCAUCACGAAACUCAAAGGCUCCUCAUCGGACGCCGGCUCAGAUGCGGAGAAUGAUAACGAGGACGAGGAGGAGAUUAGCGCUGCGCAGGUGUUCCAUGACACGAUCAAGGAGAAGGCGUCUAUUUCCGUCGGGUCGGGAGACCUUAUACUCUCGUUUGACGAGAUAUUGGUCCUGACGCCGCGUGGAAGGUACGAUAUGGAUAUGUUCAAGGACUUUUUGCGGUUGAGGGGAAAGACAUAUGAUUAUAAAGUGCUAUAUGGGAGCAUUUCGAGGCUGUUUUUGUUGCCGAAGGAUGAUCAGCAGGUGUUAUUUAUCUUGGGCUUGAGCACGCCAAUUCGACAAGGACAGACGCUUUACCAGUACCUUGUCAUGCAAUUCACGCGGGAAGAAGAGAUUACAGCCGAGCUGAACAUGAGCGACGAGGAUCUCGCGAAAUACGACAAGCUAAAAAAGAACUACGAAGACCCGACAUAUGAAGUCGUUUCCUCCGUCUUCCGUGCUCUCUCUGGGAAGAAAAUUAUUGGCUCGGGAUCCUUCCAAUCGCGCGACGGGCACCCAGGCUUCAAAGCCAAUCUAAAAGCUAUCCAGGGCGACCUUUUCAUGCUCGAGCGAUACAUCUUCUUCGUGUCCAAGUCCCCACUGCUCAUUGAACUUGCGGAUAUCCACACUGUCACCUUCUCGCGCGUGGGCUCGGCGUCAGCUGCUCAGGCCGGUCGCACGUUCGAUAUCCAUAUCACGCUGAAGAGCGGAGGGCCGGAACACACGUUCACGAGCAUCAACAAGGAGGAGCACGAGAUUGUCGAUGCGUACCUGAAGGAUAAGAAGGUACGGGUGAAGAAUGAGAUGGUGCCGGAUGCGGAUCUGUUGAUGGCGGCCGUGGGCGCUGGGGAUGAUGAUGAUGACGAUGAUGACGAUGAGGAUAUGGCGAGUGUGUUGAGCAGUGAGGAGGAGGCGCGGAGGAGGCGUGCCAAGGCCAAGGCGAAAGCGUCUGGUGGCGGCGCGGUGAAGACGAGUGGAGGGAUGGAUGAUGAUGAUAGCGAGGAUGAUGAGGACUUUGAGGCGUCUGAAUCCGAUUCGGGCUCCCCAUCGGACAGCGACUCUUCGGAUGGCUCAGGUGCUGAGACGGCCUCUGAUGCCAGUGGUGACAUGAUGCUCACCAAACCCAAGCCCAAACCAAAGGCUAAAGCAGCCAAGGGCAAGGGCAAGGAUAACGAAGACGGCGAUGGUGGGUCGCCACCAAAAAAAGUUGUCAAGAAAAAGGCACCUGUGAAAGACAAAGACGGAAGCGAUGCAGAAAAGCCCAAGCCAAAACCAAAACCAAAAGCGAAGAAGGAGGAUGACGCAAUGGAUGUGGAUGGUGAGGGCAAGCCUAAACCCAAGCCCAAGCCUAAAGCUGCUGCGAAACCGAACUCGAGCUCAAAGGCCGGUCCAAGCAAUGGGGAUGCUAUGGACGUGGAUGUGGAUGGGGAAGAUAAACCGAAGCCCAAGUUUAAACCAAAGGCGCCAGCGGCGGUGAAGAAAGAUAGUGAUGCGGGUGUGGAACCGCCCAAAAAGAAGAUGAAGAAAACGGAUUGA